AUGAGCAGGAGUGCAGGUGGUGGGCCGUCCCGUGGUCCAGUCCAGGGUGCCGAGGGAUCUCCAGACGCAAUGGGGGCACAUGUGCUGCCGGCUGGGUCCGGUGGGGAUCCUCGAACAUGUGCACCAACCAGGAUGACCAGUGUGUCGGGCGGCCAGCACGACCAUGUCCCCCCACCCCAGUCCCCCUGUGGCCCUGCCUCACCCAUCCAGCGGUGCUGGAGCCGGAAAUCGCGCAGGCAGAGGGAGUAG